GCGCGUCUGUUUGUGAGAUCAAUACUGAGGCCGCGUCCGACUCCUGGGGCCGAGAUCCCCCCUAGCCCAGCCCCCCACCCCACCCCCCGCACACGCCCCCACCCCCCACCCCACGACCCGGCCUCACACGGCACCAGCUGAGGCACCCAAGAGGAUUACCCCCUUUGCCCUCUCUCCCACCAACCCCCCAAAAAGAGAAAAUUCCCUCCCCUGGCCCACCCCUUCCCCUCUUCCCUCCCCCCUCCCCCAGAACUUUCCCUCUCGCAUGCUUUUCCCCUGCACCACGGAUCGCCUCUCGGAUGCCGCUUGCCUGGAAGCUGCGUUAGGAGAGAGCGGCGGCGGCGGCGGCGGCGGCGGCGGCAGCUCGGGAGUGCUAUGACCGGCAAACUCGCCGAGAAGCUGCCGGUGACCAUGAGCAGUUUGCUAAACCAACUGCCUGACAAUCUGUACCCCGAGGAGAUCCCUAGCGCGCUCAACCUCUUCUCUGGCAGCAGCGACUCGGUAGCCCAUUACAAUCAGAUGGCUACAGAGAAUGUGAUGGACAUCGGUCUGACCAACGAGAAGCCCAAUCCGGAACUCUCUUAUUCGGGCUCCUUCCAGCCAGCCCCCGGCAACAAGACCGUGACCUACUUGGGAAAGUUCGCCUUCGACUCCCCUUCCAACUGGUGCCAGGACAACAUCAUUAGCCUCAUGAGCGCCGGCAUCUUGGGGGUGCCCCCCGCCUCAGGGGCACUCAGCACGCAGACCUCCACGGCUAGCAUGGUGCAGCCGCCACAGGGCGAUGUGGAGGCCAUGUAUCCGGCGCUGCCCCCCUAUUCUAACUGCAGUGAUCUCUACUCGGAGCCUGUGUCUUUCCACGACCCCCAAGGCAACCCUGGGCUCGCCUAUUCCCCCCAGGAUUACCAAUCGGCUAAGCCGGCCCUGGACAGCAAUCUCUUCCCCAUGAUUCCUGACUAUAAUCUAUAUCAUCACCCCAACGACAUGGGCUCCAUUCCGGAGCACAAGCCCUUCCAGGGCAUGGACCCCAUCCGGGUCAACCCGCCUCCUAUUACCCCCCUGGAGACCAUCAAGGCAUUCAAAGACAAGCAGAUCCACCCGGGCUUCGGAAGCCUGCCCCAGCCACCGCUCACGCUCAAGCCUAUCCGGCCCCGCAAGUACCCCAACCGACCCAGCAAGACCCCGCUCCACGAGCGGCCCCACGCGUGCCCGGCGGAGGGCUGCGACCGCCGUUUCAGCCGCUCGGACGAGCUGACCCGGCACCUGCGCAUCCACACGGGCCACAAGCCCUUCCAGUGUCGGAUCUGCAUGCGGAGCUUCAGCCGCAGCGACCACCUUACCACUCAUAUCCGCACUCAUACGGGCGAGAAGCCCUUUGCCUGCGAGUUCUGCGGCCGCAAGUUUGCGCGCAGCGAUGAGCGCAAGCGCCACGCCAAGAUCCAUCUCAAGCAAAAGGAGAAGAAGGCGGAGAAGGGGGGUGCACCCUCUGCUUCCUCGGCGCCCCCCGUGUCCCUGGCCCCUGUGGUCACCACCUGCGCCUGAGGCUCGGGCCCCAACACUUUUCCCCUCCAGUGUUUCUCGGCUGCUCGCCUGAAAGCAGCGGGAAAGCUACCACGGAGGCGCAGGGGCCGCGCCCUGGCCUCUUAUGGACGUGAGGUCCCUUGUUCCCCUUCGAUGUCCCCCGUUUCCACCUUUUCACACCGGCCAACGGUUGGAGGCCAGGGCAGGAGACGCCUUCCCCUCGCUGCCCCCCUUAGCCAAGGCGUGGGGGCGGAAAGGUGGCGUCUAGCCCGCUUUGUUCAGUUCGGAUCGCCUUGAUCCAGGGGCCGCCGGGCCGCGCCAAGGACCUGCGGGGGACUGAAGGCGGGGCCUGCCCAAACCUCGCCCGACCCAAGCACCUCACUGUUCCUCCCACGUCUCCCUCGGUUCCCCCUCGAAGACCCGAGAGGGGGAGGGGGUAAGGAGCGCACCAAAGCGCAGAGCUUGCUGCCCGCCGCACGCACGCGCGUCUGCGUGCGGGGAUGCGCGCGAGUGUGCGUGCUCGCGUGAGUGUAUGUGUGCGUGUGUGUGUGCGCGCGCGCGUGUGUGGGAGACUCUUGAGCUGAACUGGGCUGUGUCCACCCCAACUCUUCCCCACAUCGCGUCCCCAGGCGGCUGGGGAAUGUCCCAGGCUGGGGGCCUGCACGUGGCCGGACGAGACGGUCUUCCAUCUGCUCAGAAAUAAUAUUUCUUACAGAAAUGCCUCGGAUGCCGCCGCCGCGGUACUGUUACCGCCGCUUAGGGUUUAGCCCCUCAGAACCCUGCCUUUUCUGAGCGCUUCCCUCUUAGGCCUCAGGGCAGUUUGGUCAUCGGGGAGAAGGAGCAGCUAUCACUGAACCUGCCUUUUAAAACGUGUGUUUCCUCAGCCCCACUUUCUAAUCCAUGUUCCUGAGUUUGCCCUCUGCCCUUUUCCCGUCUUCUCCCUUCUCUCUAAGCCUUCUCCCGUCUCUUUCAAAGUCUUUUUCCAGAAAGGCAGGCCUCAACCAGCCACCCCAUUUCACCAUGUUUUUGUUUUUUCUCACUCACAUACCCAUUUCUCCUUCCCGCCAUUGAUGGGAAGGUAGGCUCUUUUUUUGCCCUUUGUCAUCACCAACACAACAGAGUUUAAAUCUACGUAUAUGGUGUGUGUGUGUAUGUAUGUAUAUGUGUGUAUGCUAUAUAUACAUAUAUAUAGCAUAUACACUAUAUGUAUUCCUAGGAAAAUGAAAUCUCUAGGGUACUUGGCUAUCCGGUGCAGUGCACCGGAAUAAAGAGAAUUUGUAGGCAUAUAUGGCUUUAAAUGAUUUAUUUUUUAUGAAAAAUGUAACUGAUGAGAUUAUACCUACAUAUGUGUGUGAGUAUGUAUAUAUACACAUACACAUAUACACAUACACACGUAUCUCUGUCCAAAUUUUCCUCAAUGAUAUGGGGAUUUUUGCAUUACUCCAUGUUGAUGAAUGAAGCAUAUCUUUUCCAUACCCCAAUCUCACCUUCUCCCUGCCCUACCUCACCUCUUCUCAGGCACCCCCUCUUCCCCAGCCCUCUCCACACAGGGGUGAUUCUUUUGAAGUGGAGGAGUGGGGAAGGUUGCUCUCUGACACAGCUUCCAGCACAGUCUUGAAUGAAUGUACUGUUCCCUAUUAGCGGUAUUUCUCCUGUGGUCAGUAAGCUGCCCAGAGAGAAGGAACAAAGGUCUGGAGUUUACAGAAUGUCUGUUUUUAAAGUCACUUUAUGCUUUUCCCACUUUUUUUUUAAGAAAAAAGCACCAUUUUUUGUUUUUUUGGUGGUGGAUAAAUAAUACUAAAAGGAGUCUAGUGAAAGGGAAAAAGAAUCAAAGAGCAGGGGAUUGAGGGUUUCCAGGUACUUGGACUUUGUGUAGAGGAAGAGAGAAGAGGAUGAAGUUUGCCAGGAGGGCCCAUAUUUUUUCAGCUGAAGGGUAAAAUCUUUCUUUGCAGAGACAGUAUUUUGCUGAAUACUUUUUAUAAUGUGAUAAUUAUUGAAAACAAAAAUUUUGGUCACUUCGAAGCUGGAAGGAGGAACCAGAUAUCCUUUAAUAUUUUUCCUUGCUCCUUCUGGUUUAUGCAUGUCACUGCAUGAUAACUCUGAGUUUUCCUUUGUUUUAACAAAACUGUUCUCAAACAUUUAAGCUAAACUAAGAGAAAAAUAACUUUGUUGCCAAAAGGUUGUGCUAUCCAGAUUUUUUAUAUGUCUGCAUGUUUUAAAAAACAACAAAAGAAAAUGCACUCUAACUUAUGUGAACUGAGAGAAAAAAAUCAGGUUUUAAACAGGAAAACCUAUGGGGAAUGAUAUUUUUUGAAAGACUUUUGUAUAAAGUUGAGUACUUAGAAAAAGACAAACCAGAUGUAAUAUAUUUUGUGGAUGUUUUUAUUUCUUGGAUUUAUAGUACCUUAUACUAAGGUUAAAAAAAUAUGCUUGAUAUUGUGAAAAGGUGAAAUUCUUCACCAACAUUUCAUUUGCUCCUUUGUCACAUUGUUAUGCCAAUAUAAUAUAGUUAAUGAAAACAGCAUUUUUAAAAACCGGAAUAUUGAAAUGGUGUAAUGUUGUACCAUUUGCACUGUGAGCAAAUGCUAAUACAGUAAAUAUAUUGUGUUUGCUGACAAUCAGCCGGCCUAUAAAUCUCCUUAUUUUAUUUCUUGUUUUCAUAGCAUAAAGUUUUGGUUUGGCCUGUUUUUUUGUCUUGUUUUGUUUUUGACUGGUGGUUGGUUUGAUAGGUUCUUAUGCCUGGUCUUGCCGUUCUUGCUCUGAAAACUCUCAACGUGGAAACGUGAAAUUUGGUGUUAUUGGAAGUUGGUUAGAAUUUUUUUUGGAUCCUGGUGUUUCAAAUCCAAUGUUGAGUGUUCACUGUGGUUCUAAGAGCAUAGGAUUCUCCUCCACCCUCUGGGAGCCUCAAACUGCCAGAGAGAUUAGAUGAACAGAUUAGAUAAGCUAAUGGGACUCAGGGCUAGUGACUGGAAACUUCUGAACUCUUGUCUCCAGUUUCCAAUGGCUAUUUGAAGGUAGAAGGGAGGGGAUCUGCUGGUUUAUGAACUAUUUCUCUGAUGGCCACAGGAAGCACCAGAACAGGACCCUGAAGGGUCUCUACAGCCACACUGAGUAGUGCUCUUGCUAAAGCUUUUAAAGCAUGAAAAACAGGUAGAGACUUGAGAGGGGUUCUUCAGGGUUGGCAAGAUAACCAGCGAGAUUGGAAGCUCUUUUGUUGUCAUAUAAUUGGGAAAAAUCAGGUUUAAAAGUUCUACAACAUCAGUCCCAUUUGAACAGGAUUCUCCAGGCCUUACUGUUUGUAGCUGCCUGGGAAAGGUGGUCCUGGCUGAAAAACAAGCUCUUAUGAACCACCUAAGGAUCCAAGG